AUGAAAUUAAAUUGUAAAAUUUUUUCUUUAUUAAUAAUUUUAUUAUUAACCACAAAUAAUUAUUUCCAAUGUUCAUCAUUUUUUGUUAAUAGUCAACCUUCAAAAAAAUUUGAUUGUUCUGGUGUAUCUUGUCAAAAAUUAAAAUGUAAAGAAAAUGAAGUUCAAUAUAGAUGGAGAGCAAUGCCAAUUAAUUCUGAUAUGUGUUGUCCAGUUUGUAAAAUAAAUUGUGAUUUAGUUGAAUGUACAGAUGAAAAAUGUGAAAAUGGUACUUUCUCUAUUAUGACUGAAUUAGGUUGUUGUUCAACUUGUGUAAAUGAUUGUUCAAUAUAUGAAUGUCCACCAAUUCAAUGCCCAAAUGGUGCUCCAAUUAAGAAAUCAACUUCAUGUUGCCCUGAAUGUCCUUAA